AUGGGCCCCAGCGAGCCCCAGAAGAGACGCUUAGAGACACCGAGUAUACUUAACCCUAGGCUAUCACAAGCUACGAAAUUAUCACUGCCAACCUCUGAUAUAUUCACCAUCCCCAAGACAGUCCUGACUCUAAAGUUCCAUGAAUUCGGGCCCCUCUUGGACCCUACGGACUUGAAAUCCUUCUUCGUGGAAGCGAGCAACGACAUCCAACAUCAGAUUGACCAAAGUAGCGUGAAUGCGGCGUUUUCCGAGCGAUGGUACAAUUACACAUCAGAUGAUGGAUUAGUGCUGGAACUAUGGAGUAGGUCCGUCUCCCUGGAAGGGUGUGUGAGCUUGGGAGAGCUGCGUAAUGUUAUCAAUGGGCUAUCGCUGUACAUGAUCCAAAGACGAUCCCGAGCGGUUCGAUUCCAGGUAAUUCAAAAUCUGGGUGCUACCAAAGCCAUCAUCAUGAAUAAGGGGUCUAUCAGACAAGACAUUGCCUCGUCGACUAUCGAAUCUAAGCGAGAAAUUACGCGGCCACCUUUGGUGCAAUACUCUUCUAUGUCAUCAGCCACUGGUGUCACAAACGGGAGUACCCUGAGCUUGCCGACGGCAGACGAAUUUCCUAUCCCCCACACUGACUACACACUGCGCCUCGGGAAUUUGGGCUCCUAUUUGCAUCUCUGGGAUUUGGAAACCCUUCUCGUCGCCGUCAGCGCUGCCAUCAAAGAAGAGAUCACCGCCCAUGGCAGGAAUGCUCGUUUACCCUCAACAGAGUACUCGAAGAGCUUAGGAGACUUGCAGUUGUGGAUACAGAGAAUGCCAUGGGCUACGGUCAAUCUGGCUUGGGCUGAGCUGGCAAUCAUUGCUGAGGGGCUCUGGCUUUACAUUGUCAAUGAAGGGCACGACCGGGAAGCUUUUAUCGAUGUCAUCAAUCAUGUCACGGGCAGACAAGUAGCCUUGGGUUGGAUUGGGAAGCCACCCAGGCCUCUAGAGCAUUCUUCGUCGUCUGGAGCUGUAAGGAGAGACCUCCAUGCGCUUGCUUCUCGGUAG